AAAAACCAAGAGGCGCCGCGUCUCAUUUCAUUCAUAAAACAAAUACAGAUGCUAACGUGUAUUUAGCAUGCUAACUAAGGCCAUAUUAUAGAUUCCAAUCUGCCAAAAUAAAUACAAUUUACUCAUUUUUAGGAACUUUCAUGCCAAUUAAAGCAUUUUUUUAUUACAAGAGGUUUUAAUUUGAAUGUUAAUUAGGUAAAUAAGAAGCAUAAAGUCACCAGCAGCUUUAUUGGCGACAUAAAUGCCGUUUUUCCUCAUCAGACCACCCACACAUUCCGACGGGAGGCUGCUCGAAAGCAGAGCCACAGAGACGAGGCGGGGGGAGGUGGAGGACGCCAUUGCUGCCGCAGCUGGCCGUUUAAGAUUUGUCAAAGGGGGAUAAACCAAAGGUUUUCAUGCCCGCUGGGCGCUAACAUUUUCCUCCCCGUCUGGAGUUCUCUUCCUCCGGUUAGAGUGCAGAGAAAACCCGUUAAAAUGGACGUGUUAUCCCGGCAGGAGCAGGGGAAGCGGAGCCGCGGCGUUCAGCUAAAGCAGACUCCUACCGUAGCAUCAGCUGUGCGGUGGCCAGGACUCUCACCAUGAACGCCAGCAGGAACUGCACGCCGUCGGGGCGCGAUGAGGGUCUGGCCGCCCUGGAGUCGGUCUCCAUCGUGUGCGUCACGCUCCUGGCAGGCCUGGGGAACCUGCUGAUCGUGGCGACGCUUUACCGCCGGCCGUACCUCCUCACGCCCAGCAACAAGUUCGUCUUCAGCCUGACCUCGUCCAACCUGCUGCUGUCCCUGCUGGUGCUGCCGUUUGUGGCCGUCAGCUCGGCGAAGGGGGAAUGGGUAUUCGGCGUGGUGUGGUGCAACUUCACCGCUCUGCUCUUCCUGCUCAUCAGCUCGGCCAGCAUGCUGACUCUGGGAGCUAUUGCUGUGGACAGAUACUACGCCGUACUCUAUCCCAUGAUCUACCCCAUGAAGAUCACAGGGAACCGCGCUGUGGUGGUCAUAGCCUACGUGUGGUUGCACUCCCUGGUGGGCUGCCUGCCUCCGCUGUUCGGCUGGUCCUCCUUCGAGUUCGACUGCUACAAGUGGAGCUGCGUGGUGGCGUGGCACAGGGAGCCCAGCUACACGGCCUUCUGGGUCGUUUGGUGCAUCUUUCCCCCGCUCUUCAUCAUGCUGGUCUGCUAUGGCGUCAUCUUCCGCGUCGCCCGCAUGAAGGCGCGCAAAGUACAUUGUGGGACGGUAGUGGUUGCUCAGGACGACGGAGCCCACAGGAACGGACGCAAGAACUCCAGCACCUCGACUUCCUCUAACGGAAGCCGGCGGAGCCUCGUGUACGCGGGGAGCCAGUGCAAGGCUUUCGUCACCAUACUGGUGGUGGUGGGGACCUUCCUGAUGACCUGGGGGCCUUACGUCGGGGCGGUGUGCACGGAGGCUCUGUGGGGGCAGGGCAGCGUGUCCCCGGGGGUGGAGACCCUGGUAGCGUGGCUGUCUUUCUGCAGCGCCGUGUGCCACCCGCUCAUCUACGGCCUGUGGAAUAAAACGGUGAGGAAGGAGCUGCUGGGCAUGUGCUUCGGAGAUCGCUACUACAGGGAGUCCUUCGCAACACGCCAGCGAACGUCCCGCCUCUUCAGCAUCUCCAACAGAAUCACAGAUUUGGGCAUGUCCCCACACCUGACGGCCAUGUUGGCUGGGGGAGGACACCUGCUGGCCCCAGGGAGCAGCACAGGAGACACCGGCUUCAGUUUCACUCAGGACUCGGGCACCGACGUGAUGAUGCUGGAAAACUCCACUGAAGGCUCCUCCCACGCGCUGCAUUACGGAAUCCCCUGUGGGAAGAGGCGGAGCUCUGUCACCUUUGAAGACCAGAUGGAACAUUCCAAAGCUGAGAACUCCUCAUCCUCCGUCCAGGUCCAAGCGGAGCUCCACGAAUCCCUGGACACAUUUGCCUCCUGCUUGGCGAAGGCGAUUGAGAGUGAUGCUAAACUCGCCCUGUUUGGAGAGAGCCUGCAGGGGGCGCUGUUCACAGCACGCUCAGCACAGAGACCCAGGUACCUGGACGGUCAGAGACUGAGGCUGGAGAGCAUCGAUGAAGGGAUCGUCAAAGAUGACAGGGAGGAGGAAGAAGAGCGGCAGGAGGAAGAGGAGAAGCUUGUCUGAGGGGAGCAGGUUCAGCCGGACCGUUUCAAGACAUUUACACACGAAAUCUCACACGUGACCUCUGAAGCUUUGUGCUGCUGGUAAGGACGCUUGGAUUCAUCCAUGUGGGUACUCCUUGCUUAAAAGAGUUCAACAGGAUCCUGAAAAACGCUUUUCACACAGGAGUUACUGUGAUGGUUUCAUUUUUCUCUAAAAUUUACAUGAAUCUAACAGGAAUACACAUAUAAUCUAGUCCAGUUCAGGGCAUAUUACCAGUAAAAUAAAACUUUUUAAGGUGGAAUUAAACACAAAUCGUGCACCUAAAUGGAUUCUUCAUUUCUGAUUACAAAGAUGCACUUAUUAAAGAGGCUCAGAUGAACAUGCAUGGAUAAAUGAAAAGGUUUCUAUCUGACCUUUUUAGGAAAAAUCUUAGUAAAUGAAUGAAGAGGAAGUUUCUUUUAUGGAUUAGCUGCACAAGCAGGAAAACUCUGCAUCAAACUCUUGUGUGAACAUUCUCAUAACAGGAUCCACUUAGACAUAAUCUCUGUGUUGUGGGAACAGCAUUCAUCAUCUUCAGUCUGAGAUAGAAACGCCAGUGAUGAGAUUAUAAGAGAUCCUACUUUUUCUCUAGAUAGGGCUCUGCAACCUUCAACACUUGAAGAGCCGUUGGGUCAAUUUCCUACCGACUACAACCCAGCAGGAGCCACAAAGUCUGACUUCACCCCUCAGAAAA